AUGUCAUUGUCCACAGAAUUACCACCAGAGAAGCCUACGAUAAAAGCUGAGAAGGGAUGGUAUGCAUCAGGUGAUUCCCUCAGAGCUAUGUGCACAUCACCGCCUGCGGAUCCGCCUGCAAACCUCACAUGGUUGCUCAACGGACGAGAUAUACAAGGCAAGCCUAUCAUCCAACAACGGAUCUUGCCAAGUCCUGCGGUGUCCAUCGACGUGCCCCACAGUUUAGACCGCAGCACGCCGCCACCGGCAGACGAGAAUAGCAACAUCAUAUUCAGUCCGUGGAAGGCGUUUGGACCCUUUGUUGAUACGAUACAGGACGGUGAACUGUUACCAAGUCAGGACACCGUGUUACUGCCAACACCUAGAAAUCUUGAGAGUUCCCUAGACGAAGACGCCACAGAUCCUAUUCCUACUGCGGAAACGUCUAAUAAGGUGGCCUCAAUAAGCCAGCUGUCAUUCAUGGUCAGGCCAGACAGUUUUGAGAGAGGUCAGCUGCGCCUGACCUGUAUCUCCAGUGUGCACAGUGUAUACAGCGAGCAAGCUGAGCUCGUCAUCAACGAGGAGAGACCUCAGAUAGCGUCGGUGCUUGGCACCAGAGACCGAGCUGGAGGUCCGGUAGCUGCGUCGCUGCUGCUGACGUUAUUCUGCUGCAGUAUUACCAUAUGUGACGUCAUUUUAAGACAAAUCCUGCGAUGAUGUCAGGCCGCGGGCGAUGCAACUGUCAGACGAAAUCCUCGCAGCAUCUGUAAAUAAGAUUUUAAGUCAUAAAUUGUAAGGGAAAUAUAGGAAAACAUUGUACGAUGCCAAACGUUGCGACUCACAAUAUUUGGAUGUAUGGCUUUGUACCUUUGCCUUUCCCGUUGUCGAAAACGAUAGUACUUCUGUACGUGUCAACCUAAAAGCAGUAACUAAAGGACUAUGCAAUUCAAGACAUAUAAAAUAAAAUAAGAUAAU